UUUUUUUAAAAAAAAAAGUUCAAAAUGACUGCAACUUCCACAUCCUCUCCUUCAGCUACCCCUGCUAAGAAUGUCUUCCGCCUUCAUGGCGUCAAUGUUCUUAACAGGAAGAACGUUGACUCAAUUUCUCGUCUCACAGCUUUGGAAAAGCGUCGUGCGACUCAUAUUCUGGAUGAGCGUCAGAGGCGUGAUACUAUGAACCAGCUUCUCGGUGAGCUUGCCAACUUGGUUCGUGAAUCCGCUGCUGAACUUCAACAGCAACAAGACCAGGGGCAACCUCAGCAAAAACAAUACAAUGCCGAUGGUACCGAGAAGAAGCCUCCUGUCAAAUCCAACUCGAUCACUACUCUUCGCAAUGCCAUUACUGAGAUCCGUCGUCUUCGUGCCUGUGCUGGACUCGAGACCCACACUCCUCCAUGUGCUGCCUCAUUGGCUUCUCACUCAUCCAAUGGCUCGCGUUCCUCUUCGCCUUCAGAAGCUUCUUUACCCGUCAACAAGAUGCUACCACAGCAGCCACAGCAUCAAUUUACAUUGCCUCCAUUGGCUCCCAUGGCUUCUCAAUAUGAUUCAAGACAGUCUACUCCCAUGUCCUCACCCAAGACUAAUGGCUACCAGACAGCUCCUGCUCCUAUGCCUCCUAUGGCAUCAAACCACCAGCUUCAGUCGCCUCCCCUGUCGCCUUCAAGCCCUGCUCCUAAGCAGUAUUCUUCCUUGUCCCCAUCCAUGAUCCCAGUACAUCACUCUAACGUAGGCCCAUCCCUGCCUUCGCUCUUUGCACCAAAUCCUCCCGUCUCAUUUUCUUCUUACUCACAAAAUCAGCACCAUUCUCAACAAUACUGCCAACAGCCCUCCUUCAACUCUUCACAACAUUACUAUCAUAGCCAACAGCAGCAGCAACAUCAAUACACUGCACCUCGUUACGAGUCCUCUCAAUCCCACAGCCGCUCCUCCUCACCAAGCUUUUCCGGCCCUAUGAAUUCAAGUGGGCCAUCAGCACCUUCAAUGCUUUUGCCUCAGCCAUACAACCAGCAUUUGCCAACGUACCAGUCUUCUUCAUUUUAAGAGAAAGCACAAAUAAUGGCACACACACAAAAGCGAGAAGUCAUACUUAAUACCUUGUUGAUAAAUCAAAUGUAAUAAAAGCUCAUGUAU